CACAGGGAGUGUUUCCAUGCUCCUGGCUUGCCACCUCUGCAGGAGGAGGGGAAUUCGGGUGCCAGCAGGCUCAGUGCUGGCUGCAGCUCCCACCUUAUCUGCGGCAGGGUGGGUGCCACUCUCAGCUCCACCACACUCCUCGGGGACUGCUCCAAGCUCAGGGCAGGCGAGGAUCCCAGCCUGGAGAAAGCCCAGCCCGGUGGGAAAAAAACCUCUUGGGGUUCCUCCGUGGUCAAACCGGUGUAACUCGUGCCGGGGAGGCGGCAGCACCCGGAGUGAGGAUCUGACCCAGUUGCAGCGGCACCGUGCCAGGGCAGGGGCUGGAUUGGCAGUGGGGGCUCCCGAGAGCUGCGUUUGACCUUCACGGAGCAGGAAAGCGCCGGGCUGAGCCGGGGGGGAGAGGAGAAGCCUCCCCUCCACGGGGUCACCUUUGUGCCUGGUGGGCUCCCACGUCCCACCCCCCUGGAGCACCAUGGCGUCCCGCAUCGGUCUGAGGAUGGAGCUGAUGAAGCAGCAGGCACAGCAGGAGGCUGAGAGGGAGAGGGUGCAGCAGCAGAUGAUGAUGAACUACAUGCAGCAGCAGCGGAUGCCUGUGGCCUCCACCCCAGCCAUCAACACCCCCGUCCACUACCAGUCCCCACCACCCGUGCCUGGAGAGGUCCUCAAGGUCCAGUCCUACCUGGAGAACCCCACUACAUACCACCUGCAGAAGUCGCGGGAUAAGAAGGUUCAGGCUUAUCUCUCUGAAACCUACGGGAACAAGUUUGCUGCCCACGUCAGCCCCGUCAGCCACUCUCCCAAGCCACCUCCUGCUGCCUCCCCUGGUGUCCGACCCAGCCAUGUCCUGUCCUCCUCGGCGGGCAACAGUGCACCCAACAGCCCCAUGGCCAUGCUCAACAUUGGCUCCAACCCCGAGCGGGAGUUUGAUGAGGUCAUCGAUGACAUCAUGCGCCUGGAUGACGUUCUGGGCUAUAUGAACCCCGAAGUCCAGAUGCCCAACACACUCCCAAUGUCCAGCAGUCACAUGAAUGUCUAUAGUGGGGACCCCCAGGUGACAGCCUCGCUCGUAGGUGUCACCAGCAGCUCCUGCCCUGCCGACCUCACUCAGAAGAGAGAGCUGACAGAUGCCGAGAGCCGGGCCCUGGCGAAAGAGCGCCAGAAGAAGGACAAUCACAACCUGAUUGAGAGACGGCGAAGGUUUAACAUCAAUGACCGCAUCAAAGAGCUGGGGAUGCUGAUCCCCAAGGCCAAUGACCUAGACGUGCGCUGGAACAAAGGCACAAUCCUGAAGGCGUCUGUGGACUACAUCAAGAGGAUGCAGAAGGACCUGCAGAGGUCACGAGACCUGGAGAAUCACUCGCGGCGUCUGGAGAUGACGAAUAAGCAGCUGCUGCUCCGCAUCCAGGAGCUGGAGAUGCAGGCACGUGUCCAUGGGCUGCCCACCUCCUCACCCUCGGGUGUCAACGUGGCCGAGCUGGCUCAGCAGGUGGUCAAGCAAGAAGCCAGUGGGGACGAGGGGACACUGGAGCCACUGCUGCCACCCCUGGACCCCGAAUCGCAGCCAACACUGCCUCCUCCACCCCAAUCUCCUUACCACCAGCUGGACUUUACCCACAGCCUGAGCUUCGACGAUGGCUCUCAAGGCUUCCCGGACAGCCUGGAGCCCGGCCACAGUGCUUCCUUCCCAUCCCUAUCCAAGAAGGAGCUGGACUUGAUGCUGAUGCAGGACACCAUGCUGCCCCUGGCCUCCGACCCCUUGUUCUCAGCCAUGUCCCCGGAGGCCUCCAAGGCCAGCAGUCGCCGCAGCAGCUUCAGCAUGGAGGAUACAGACAUGCUGUGACAAGGAGCUGCUCCGACGCUGGGGCUGAGGACUGGACCUUCAGGUUUGGUUAGUGAAGUUACAGGGUGCUCUUCCUGCAGGAGGAGCUCGUCCUGCCACGCACUUGAGUCUACGUAGGAGACCUUUUCUCUAUGCAACAGGGGGCUGGUCAAGGCUCGCCAGGUACCACCAUGUCUUUCUCAAGCUUUGUUUUGCCAGGAGCUGGAGCAGACCUUCUUGGCUUGCUGUGGCGUUGGCCUGACUGCAGAUUCCCCAGCCCGGGAGUGUGAUUUCGGCUGCUUUGCCUUUCAGCAAAACCCUCCCAGAUCAAAACCCCUUCCCCAGGGUGCUGGCUCAGAGCCAGAGCAGGCAGGAGCCUUCAAGUCCCUGGCAGGAGAAGGAUGAUGCUCAGAGCUUUUUGUCUGGCUUUUGCUGCCUCCUUGCCCACGUCCCCCCUGAGUCUUCCCCAGCAGUGGCCUCCAAGCCCCAUGGAUACUUCACAGUGCCAAGUCCUUCAUGGUUCCUCCUUCCCCAGCACACCUGCUGCCUCCCUGGGUCGCAGGGCAGGAGAGAGAAGAGUUGUUAAUUGGAGCAAAUUAAUCCACAGGGCACAAGGGGUGUUGUCUGAGUUGGGUUUGAGGCUGUGGAUUUGGGUCAGCAUUGAGGGCUUCCAAAACAGCCAGGAUGGGGUGUUUGAUGCUCAACCCUUCGCUGUGACCCUGACUUUGCUGGGGGAUCUGCUCUUGGAGCUUGGUAGCACCCACCACCCCAGAACCUCUCUGGACAAGGGCUGCAUGUGCUGGGUGACCUUCAGCCUCCCUGGAGCCAUCCCUGCAGAUCCCCAGAACACCAAGGCCCUGCUCUUCAGGUGGAAGGAUAAAGGAAUUUUUCACUUUUUUGGAGGGAAUGCUUGUUGAAAACACAUCUCACGUCUUAGCAUCAAGGUCCAGGCUGUGGCUGGGGACCAGGAGAUGGUUUGCACCAAUUGCCAAAAGCUGCCACUCUCUGCCUUUGGCUGGUGGGGUUUCUCUUCCCAGUGUCACCAGCUCAUUCCCCAGUGAGGACAGCUUGGUGACAGGGACCUGCUUUGGGCUCUGCAUCAUCUGCCUCUUCAGCCUGACUGGUGGCUGGGAGGGAGCUGGGCAGGGGAGGAAGAUGCUGUUCCUGGGGAAAAUACAGUAGAAAUUGGUUGUAAAGCCUGAAGGGGAGCACAGGGAGGGUUGGGGAGAGGAAACCCCUUUUGUGACCCUGCACAGCUUCACCCCCCUGGGUGUGGGAGCUGUGGGAUGGGAGCCCAAGCAGAGAUGGGGGUCACUGGUUGCUCCCCAUCCUGGACCAAGGUUGGAGGUUGUUGUGGGGUUGGGAUUGCAAGGGGGAAGCUGCCCAGGAGGGAUGAGUGUGCUGGAUUUGGGAUUGCCUGGUGGGGGACAGCCCUGGUGCCCCCCUCAGGAGAUGCCUGUCAGAUGUGAGGG